AUGCAUGACCACACCGGCUACUCCACCCUCCCGUUCUUCUCUUUCUUUCCAUCAAAUGAGCGCUGCCUUCCAGCAUUGCACGAAUCACGAAUUCUCAUCCGUGCAAAAUCAUUCAGUCAUCACUACUAUACAACAAGACAGCAGCAACAACAACAGCAACAACAGCAGCAGCAGCAACAGCAACAGCAACAGCAGCAACAGCAGCAGCAACAACAACAACAACAACAGCAACAACAACAACAACAGCAGCAACAGCAACAACAACAACAACAGCAGCAACAGCAACAGCAACAGCAGCAACAGCAACAGCAGCAACAGCAGCAACAGCAACAGCAGCAACAGCAGCAACAGCAACAGCAGCAACAGCAGCAACAGCAACAGCAGCAACAGCAACAACAGCAACAGCAACAACAGCAACAGCAACAACAGCAACAGCAACAACGACAGCAACAACAACAACAGCAACAACUCACCAUCCCAUUCAUCAACCAU